AAAAUGUGAAGCUUUGCAGCCGGAGAUCAGGACUCUGUCCUCUAGUCACUGUUUGGUUUGAUUAGAUUUAAAUGCAGUUUUAUCAAGAAGAUCUCCUCCCUCUCUACAAUCAGAGGAACUGAGAGUGAGCCUCUAAUGGAGGUUAUUGUUCUCAUGCAUGGUUUAAUGGCAACUGUUCCCAAUAAUCAGGAAGCUGAAAGUCCUGCAGCGCGGCGCUGAUGUGAGAGGAGGGAGUGGCCGGGCAGGAAGGCAGCGGGACGAGGCGGAGCUGGAGGAGGGAGGGAGCGCUGCAGAGCCGCUGGGGAAUCAGGUUUCUCACACCCAGCAGCAGCAGGACUGGAGGAAAGGGAAGGGAGGAGUCAGACUGGGACUCACUUCCCCUCCAGUCCUCCCAGUUUUUAAAGCCUCGGUCUCUCCUGGAGUCGCUCUGAUCCGAGGAGCACAUCCCUCAGGAAAAUAUUCCCACUCAUGUUCCAGAGAUAAAGAUGGAGGCUGAAGGUUCAUACGUCCAGGACGAUCCGCACGUCAAGCUGAUGAUGGCGGGCUCGACUCUGAGGAAGGUCAAGUCCCGUUCCUGGAAGAAGCAGCGUCAUUUCCGCCUGCUGGAGGACGGCCUGACGAUCUGGUACAAAUCCAGAUGGGCGGGGAAGGGCCACUCCACCUUCUCAGUGAUGGACGUGGAGGCGGUGCGUGAGGGCCAUCAGUCUGAGGUCAUGCUGAGCAUCGCCGAGGAGUUUCCUGCCGAGCUCUGCUUCACCCUGGUGUUUCACGGUCGCCAAGGAAACCUGGACCUGGUGGCCGACUCCCCAGAGGAGGCCCAGGCCUGGAUCCAGGGAGUCCGGAAGCUGAUCCACAAAGCCCAGACCAUGGAUGAGCAAGAGAGGCAGGACCAAUGGGUGCGAGACUGGUUCCAGAAAGCCGAUAAGAACAAAGACGGGAAGAUGAACUUCAAAGAAGUGAAGAAGCUGCUGAAGAUGAUGAACGUGGAGAUGAACGAAGACAACGCUCUGCAUCUGUUUACGAUGGCCGACAAGUGUGAGAGCGGCUCCCUGGAAAUCGAGCAGUUUGUCCACUUCUACCAGAUGCUGACCCAGAGAGACGAGGUGUGGAAGGUUUUCCAGGACUUCUCUGGAGACGGAGAGCGGCUAACGCUGGAGGAGCUGGAGACCUUCCUGAGGCUGGAGCAGGGCGAAGGGGACCAGAGCUCCCAGCAUGCCCAGCAGCUCAUCCAGCGCUACGAACCCUCUGAGUCGGCCGUGAAGGAAAGCUCCAUGUCGCUGGAGGGUUUCCAGAUGUACCUGUGUUCCCAGGAGGGCUCCAUAUUCAACCCGGCGCUCCUGGAGCUUCACCAGGACAUGAACCAGCCGCUCAGCCACUACUUCAUCUCCUCCUCACACAACACCUACCUGCUGGAGGACCAGCUGAGAGGCCUGAGCAGCCUGGAGGCCUACAUCCAGGCGCUGAAGAGAGGCUGCCGCUGUGUGGAGGUGGACUGCUGGGACGGCAGCGACGGGGAACCCAUCGUCUACCACGGCCACACGCUAACGUCAAAAAUCCUCUUCAGAGACAUUAUCUCAACUCUCAAAGAGUACGCCUUCAAGGUAUCGGACUUCCCCGUCAUCGUGUCUCUGGAGAAUCACUGCGGCGUGGAGCAGCAGACCGUCAUGGCCAGACACCUCCGCCAUAUUUUGGGCGAGAUGCUGCUGACGGCCCCGCUGGACGGACAGAUCCCCCUGAUGCUUCCCUCGCCUCAGGAGCUGAGGGGAAAGAUUUUGCUGAAAGCCAAGAAACUCGGCGGGUUGGAAACCCACCUUGACGAAACGUUGACUGAUGAAGUCAGCGACGAAGACGAGAUGGCGAAUGGUGACGCAGAGAGUCCGAGCGCAGAAGAUCUGCCGGCGGAAACGACGAACAAGAAGUCCAAACUGUCCAGGGAGCUGUCAGACCUGGUGGUCUACUGCAAGAGCGUCCACUUUCACGGCUUUGAGCACGCUCGCUCUCAGGCCAAGUGCUAUGAGAUGUCGUCCUUCUCUGAGUCCAAAGCAAAGAAGCUCGCUAAGGACGCAGGGUCAGAGUUCGUUCGGUGCAACGCUCGGCAGCUGUGCAGGACGUAUCCCAGCGGCCUGAGGACCGACUCGUCCAACUACAACCCUCAGGACAUGUGGAACGUGGGCUGCCAGAUCGUGGCUCUGAACUUCCAGACGGCUGGCCUGGAGAUGGACCUGAACGACGGCCGCUUCAGGCAGAACGGUUGCUGCGGUUACGUCCUCAAGCCCGACUUCAUGAGAGACGCCGACAGCCGCUUCAGUCCGGACCGACCCGAGGACCGGCCGGGCUACAAGCCGGCGCGCCUGUCCAUCCAGGUGAUCAGCGCGCAGCAGCUGCCCAAGGUCAACCAGAAGGAGGGAUCCAUCGUGGACCCGCUGGUCAGGGUGGAGAUCUACGGCGUCCCUCAGGACCAAACCAGGGAGGAGACCAGCCACAUCAACAACAACGGGUUCAACCCCGUCUGGAACGAGACUCUGAACUUCGUCGUCCACUCGCCUGAGCUGGCGCUGGUCCGCUUCGUGGUGGAGGACCACGACAAAACGUCCAGGAACGACUUCAUCGGACAGUUCACACUUCCCUUCACCUGCAUCCAGCCAGGCUACCGUCACAUCCACCUGCUGUCUAAAGACGGGACGGCCAUCCCUCCGUCCUCCGUCUUCGUUAACGUCAGCGUCUCAGAGCUCACAUGAAGGCGUCACGGCGUCUCUGACCUCACAGCUUCACUCCAGUUCAUGUUUUAGUGUUUUAGUUGUUUCUAAACUCAUAGAAAACUUUCUAAUGUUUACUGACUCACCUGGAACAUCGUUUUUACAUUUUUACCUGGACUCACCU